AUGGCAAGUCCACCGCAAGACUCGUUGGUUUGUCCGAUUACGUAUGAAAUAUUUCGUAAUCCUGUUGUAGCUGAAGACGGCCACACGUAUGAGAAUGAAGCAAUAGUCGAUUGGAUCAACAAAGAUGGUACUAGCCCUAUUACACGAGAACGAUUAACGGUUGAUGGAUUAAGGCCAAACUACACGGUAAAAAAGUUAGUUGAUGAAUUUGAAAAAAGUCUCAAGAACAAAAAAUACCGGUUUCAGUUGGGAGUAGAUGUGAAAAAACCUCGUAAAGCAAUGUUCCGCUCGUUUGGAAAAUCUAUUUUUGAGGCCGAGUGGUUAAUAAAAGACAAUAACGGACCUAAAAUCGUUCUAAUGAAGAUUGAUGGUGCCCGAGCAAAAAAAGAAGCAUCGUUCUAUGUUGAUCUAAGUCGUCACCCACAUGUUGUCCGAACAUUUGGUUUUGUUGACGACAAUUCUCAAGGUAACAUUAGUAAAUCAACUAACUCUGUUAUGUUACUACAAGAGUACGCGCCCGAAGGUAGUCUAUACGAAUUACUUCAAGAACUGGAUAUUGUGCCAAACGAGCAAAUCCUCCUUCAAAUGUUUAUACAAACUACAGACGCAAUGGUCUUUUUGGCAUACAAUGAUAUUAUUCAUGGUGAUUUGGCAUGCAGAAAUAUACUUGUAUUUCGUUUCGACGAAAGAGACCCAAGACGGAAUCUUGUUAAAAUAACAGAUUUUGGUCUUAGCCGUCAGAAGAUUCUUAAUAACAAUGGGAAUUCAAAUCCUUAUACAGAAAAAUCCGACGCUUAUUCAAUGGGCAUUACAAUGUGGGAAGCUUAUAGCAAAGGUGCAGUUCCAUGGGCUGAGAUUGACAAUGAUGAGGAAGUUCGUCGCAAGGUGGUCAAUGGAGAAAUAGUUUCCCAGCCACCAAAUUGCAAGGAUGAAAAAUGGAAGAUCAUAACUCUACUCGAAGGUAGAACUGCAGCAUCAAUACCCGCUGCAACACCUCCACCAAUUCCCGAUUCAGGUAAGUACGUUUUUGUAGCUUGUAGACCUCUCGAUGGCAAUGGCAAAUCUACCACAUAUGGUGGAUGAUAUUUGUCAAUCAGGCACCUAUUGUCUAAAACAGUUGACUUACUUAGUACAACUC